AUGGCCGCCAAUAUUCAGCAAAUUGGCGCGAACGCGGGCCUUCGACGACCGCAUCAAGCCCAACUCUCUCAGCUUCUCUAUGCACAAUUAAUGACACAGAAUGUGCCCACUACUGGCUGGCAUACUUCUGUGACUCCACAGACUCGCGUGGGGCAUGCGAUGAAUAUCAUUACCAACUCAUUCCUAGCAAUGCCACAGGCCGACAGCAGUCAAGUAAUAAGUGUUGGUAUAACAUACGAGCGAGACGCGUUUACAACAUCACCAGAUAAGGCUACAUACGAGGCGCGACUCAUGACGCGCGUAAAUGAGCUAUUUAGGAAGCGACAGGCAAAUGAACAAAACAUCCAUCACAACCUGACUGCUCAGGCAGCUCAAAAUCAGUUGAUGAUGAAUCAGAAUAUGCAGAUGAGAGGGAUGAAUCAACCCUUGCAACAAGGAUUUCAAGGUCUUCAACAGAUGCAACAAUCUCCAACCAACCAACAAGGCCAGCCCAACAUGGGCGUAAACAACAACCCCAAUGGACUUGGCACGAAUUCUAACCAACAAAUGUUGCAAGCGGGAGGCCAGAUGCGUCCGCAAAUGGCAAUGCAGGCUAUGCAGGCUAGAAUGGCGGCGAAUUUAACGCCUCAGGAGCAAGCCAAAAUUCAUCAGCUCGCUGUCACAAAGCUCCAUCAGAUGCCCGAAGCAAAUCGAACUCAAUAUCGCAUAAUGGUACAGGCAAAAUUGGGACCGCAAUUACUGGCUCAGUUACAACAAGAAAACGUGGAUCCUCUUAUGUACUUCUUUCAAAACCAAUUUACGAAUGGCUAUCUGCAAACAAAAGGCCAGACUGGCGUAAAUCAAAUGGGGAUGACAAUGCAAGUCCCUCAGCAACGAUCAAUGAACCAGCCCGUUCAACAGCUCCCAAACGGGCAGACUGGAGACUUCAGUCCCUUUUCGAAUGUAGACAUUAUGAACCAGCAGAAGGCAGGUUUGAUGGCUCAAGAAGCAGGCCAGAUGGUUGUCCCAGCUAGCGGCGGUGCAGGCCGCAAUGCAACACCGCAACCAAUGGGUUCGCUACCUGGUCCUAACCAAGGGACAGGACAACCCAUCCCGCAUCAAAUGCAACCACCCUUCGGUGCUCACCAACCGAGCCAGCAACUCAAGAUGGACCAAAGAGCCGCUCAGAGCCAGGCUCAGAUUCGGGCACAAGCGCACGCAAAGCAGAUGCAAGGGCAACCUGGAGGCCUGAAUGGCCUAGGAGGUACCUCACAAAGUCCUGCAAUGAACACACUAAAUGCCCCGGUGCGCCGGACACCCAUAGCCAUAGGUCAGACUGAAGGACAGCCACAAAUUGGUCAAGGUAAUGUGGCGUUUGGACAGCACAUGAUGGAUCCUCGAUUCAAUCAAACGGGCCAGCGGACCCCAAUAGGACCCAAUGGUAACAUGAAUAAUCGGAAUCAGAUGAUACACAAUGCUUUAGCUCAGAUGCCCGCGGAGAUUCGGCAACAAAUAAUGAGUUUGCCACAAGACAAAAUUCCCGAAAUGAUUAUGAGAUGGAAUGCCAAUCGAACAGCCGGUACGAUGUCCGGCCGUCCUCAACCGCAAGGUGGGCAAUUAGGACCUGGUAAUCCCAUGGCCCAGUCAAUGGCACAAUUUGCACCAGGCACUAAUAUUCCUGGCCAACAUCCCAAUCUCGGUACGCCUAUGAAUCAGCAGAGCCAACUGAUGCUACAACAAAUGAAUCAGCUUCGAAAUCCUAAUGGGCCUCAAGGAACCAUGGAUCGUAAUGCGCUGAUGGACAAUAUGCCCGUACCCAAAGAGAUCUUGGAUCAAGUGCGAAUAACGUCGGCACAAGGGGGGGCCAUCCCUCUUGAAAAUAAAAAAUGGGGUUGGUUCAAACAAUUCCUCAUUCAGAAGAAUGUAUCUCAACAGCAAAUGAAUCACGUACUCCAAAUGCAAGCGAGACAAUUUGCAGAAGCCAUGGCGCAAAAUGCGAACAAAGCAGCGAAUGCGAACCCUGCUGUUACAAGUUCACAGGUGGCUCAGCCUAAUAUACCACAACAAGGCGCCCAACCAAAUGGUCAAUUGACUCACCAAUCAGCCCAGCCUCUACCGAACCCUCCACCGAACCCAGCUGGUGGCAAUCUAAGCAUCGUGAUAUCGCCUCAAGAAAUCCAGAAUGCCAAGAAACAUGAAAAAUUCAAAGGCUGGACGGACGAAAAGGUACGAGCAAUGCUUAUGCAAAUGAAAACGCAAGCAUUCAAGAAUCGGGCAGCAGCCCAAAUGUCGGGUACACCAGCUCAGCCGCCUUCAGCACCUCAAGUGUCACAGCCAACACCCGCGGCGACAGCACCAGCUUUGCAGUCACAGUCAGCAAAUGGUGCGGCUGUGCCACCGAAACAGCAGAAUGGAGGUCCUGAGACUAGCACGACCAGUCCGGUGUCACAGGGGCGGAACAUCAAGCAGCCGCAGAAUAAUAAUACACCGAGUGUGACCGUUCCGCCUACGGUGAAGACGGGCACCAAGCGCCCUAUGCCGGAUGAUGGAACUGAAGUACCCAACCCUUCUCGCACACCUGUCCAGCGAUCGCAACAGAUUCCACCUCAAAUGCCUCACUUCACCGCUGAACAGCUGGCCACCCUAACACCAGAGCAGCGGCAGAAGUAUGAAGCUAUGGUGAGGAGUCGGCAAUCAGCCCCAACUGCUCAAAUGUCUGAAGAUAUGUUACGCCUCAAAGCCAUUGGCCAGGAACAACAUCAAGCAGGCGUGAAAGAGCAAUUGCCCGAUAUACCGAUGACUCCUGAGCAAUAUCAGGACACGGCGCAGAAGGUUCAGAAUAUGUGUAUCGAGAUGAACAAAGUUAGUAAAGUGUUAGGCCGAUGGUAUUCUGCAACCCACGAUGACGCACGUGCCAGGCUGUUUUUCAAGCUGCGAAUGCGGUUGGUUAAGCAAUACGCCGAUGGAGAAAAAAUGUCUGUACUAAGGGAUAAGUUUUCCAUAACGCCAGCAGAUAUGGAACAAAUUAGGGGUAUGUUUGAAAGCGUGGCUAAAGACUUGUCGACACAUUUUCCAAACAUGAUGAAGAAGAACCCGAGCCAGCAGAAUUCAUCAGAGCCUGCACCCACCCAGGGAGGGUCUACACGCCCAGGUGCCCCAACCGCUCAACCCGCUCCACUCAAUGCAGCAAACCUCGAGAAGCAGACACAGGCCUAUAUAAAGAUGCACCAAAGGAGCAGCAGCAAAGCGGGACAGCCUCCCGCAGCACCGACGACCGCGCAGCCCCCGUUCCCCUUUGGAGCACAAUCGCCUGACGGCCAGCCAACAUAUGCUGGAAAGCCUUCAGUAACCCAGGACAGUCUCCAGCUGCCUGCACGUAAACGGCCUAAGACCGAAGCUAAAGCGGGAACGGGUACCGGCCAGAAUGGAUCUAGUGCCAAUGCAUCGCCACAGGUGCCGAAGCUGUCCUCCCCCGACAUGAGUAAGCGGCAGGCGCCCACCGAGGUCAGGCAAGCGUUACCCAAAUUCACAUGCCCAGAACAGCACUGUGAAUUCCGCCUCAUUGGAUUCCCAACAGAAGAUGCUCUACGCAAGCAUAGGGAUGAAGAGCACAUCAAGCCCGCAGAAGAUCCUUUCAAGUUUGCCACAGAGAGUCUUGCCGAAGUACUCGGCUUGGAUGCAAAUGGCAAACUUAAGAAAGCGCCCACGACUGUUGCAAACAAUCAAUCACCAGCGGAUGCCUCUAAACAUGGCCCAACCCCGGUUGUUAAGGCAGAUGCCCCCAUGAAGAGGCAAGGCAGUACGACAGGCUCCAAGCCAAGCGAGCUGAUCAAGACGAUUGCUGGCAAAACGAGCACACCGAAGCCUGAAGCAGUGGUGAAAAGUGAGGGCGCAACUCCCAUCGCGCUACCCAAUGGUGGCGCCAUCCCACAAUUUCAAUCUAGCGAGCUCCUGGGCACCACAAUCGACCCUCAAGAACUGUUGUCGGGUGUCACUGGCCUUGAAUUUGGUGGCGAUGGUGCGAUAUCUGAUAUGAAUGUCUAUCGAUCCAUCACACCUAACGACACGCCAGAAUCUUUUAAGGAUAGCGCAUCAUCCGAGCCAAACAGCGACUUAUCAGAGGGUGUUGCUUUAAACGUCACGUUGGACAUGGGGUUCGGCACGUGGGAUCCAUUUGCGCUCGGCCAUGACGCAACAAGUAUGGAUAUGGGAGGCAUGGACUUGUCAGGUCUACCCUACCCGGGCUUCACAUGGGACGAGGUCAAUCCAGAAUUCGAUAAACCUUUCUCCAUAGAUACGUCUUUUUUCCAACUCGACGCGUCAUGA